AUGUUGAGGCCACAAGUACUCCGGGACAUUCGCAGACUGCACAUCGUGCUCCCAAGUCUCUCAGGGUGCACCCCUAGGCAUUCGCAGGCUCAUCUCUACAGCACCAAGAGCAUAGCGAAGCCAAACGGAACCUCCACUUCCAAUGUCAAGGCUAAACUUACUCAUUAUGUAGAGACUGGACAAAUUAUAGCUAAAUCGCCUAAGCAGUAUGAGACUAAAGCGAAAAAGAUAUUCAAGAAGACGACUCAGCUACACUCCAACUAUUCGAAGCAAAAGCUUCUAUUGGUAUUGCAGUCGAACUACGAUGGAAAGUUGCAAAACUCCAAGGGUGAGUUGAUUAAGUUGAGAUACGUAAAAGCGAGUGACUUGCGUACUGAUUCCCCUGUAAGUAAAGAAAUAUUCCACGGGCUAUUGGAAAUGGCACGGAUUUCCAAGCAGCCAGUGAACAAGAAGAUCAUGCUUCUGAUGUUGGAUAUCUCGUUGGUGGCAUUGAGCGACCCGUUCAAAGUGACUUGGGCAAUCUUGGAUUUUUUGCAAAAGGAUAACGAUGCUGUCAGAGCUACAUGGCUAGCCAGGGCUGCAACUUCUUCCUCCUCGAACUCUAGAAAUACAGGUGGCGAUACAGCUAGUGUAGGCAUGAACGAAAUUAUGAAGUUUCACUUGGAGAAGGGAAAUGUCAAGGAAGCACUUAAAUCUUACAACGACCGCAAGAAGUGGAACAUUCAGUUCAAUAACCAGACUUAUAUAAUAUUGUUCGAUGGGCUAGCGAGAGCUCAUGCAUUUGGGGGAAUGCCAGACUCGAUUGCCAACAGGGCCAUCGAGAUAUUUGAAUCGUUCAUGAUGAGCACAUUGAAAAGGAAACUGGUAGAUGAUGACAAAAAGGUAAAGAAGACAUACCAGGGCGAAGAAACCAACUUGAAAUGUUCCAUUGAACACUUUAAUUCAUGUUUGAAUCUUGUUUCGAGAAAUUUCUCCAAUGACCAAGCGUUAAUGUGGUCAUUCUUCGACAUACUUAUCCCAGAUAAGUCGGAUCCUGGGGCCUUGAAAUACCAGCAAUUGUAUCCUAACAUAGCCACCUAUACAACAAUGAUAAACGGGGUCAAGAAAUUCUGUCAGAGUAAAUCAAAAUUAGUACUAGAAGAUCGCCAAAUGAAGAAAGAUGAAAAGACCUUGAGACUACUUGAAAUCAAUGCAAAAUUGGUGUCUACUGCUGAGUUGAUUCUAGAAAAGGUUAUCAAGGAGUCUACACCUCCUACCCCGCCCACCAAGGAAGAAACGGUGACCAACCCUGAAGUUUUGGUAACAUACAAACAAUCUGCUAGGAAACAUCUUGUUGAAAUCGAUGAAACGUUUGUUGCAACUUUCGUUUCUUGUUUCAUCAACAAUUCUCAACAAGCGGGUAGUACUAAUUACGUUUACAGCGAAAGAGGAUUAAAAUACUUAAGUAUGUGGUGUCCAGAGGUGGCUGCUAUGUUAAAGUUCGUUUCAGGACAGGAUAUCAAUAUGGAUAUCAAAUCAAAUGAAUUGGUGGUAAAGCUGGAAAGUGAAAGGUUGAAAUCUGCGGAAUCCUUCUAUAUGGAGAAUCCUAAAAAAUUGGAAUUUCUCACAGAGGACGGUAAGUUGAACGAUAUAUUCCCAGAAAUAGUUGCUUCGACACCCUUAGAUGAAUCAAAAGUAAACCCUUUGGUCAUUUUUCCUCCUCCAAUAUUAUCCAAAAAUAAGACUAAGGCUUUGUAUAGUAGAACGACAAAGAGAUUAGUUGAUUUCACUAGACCUUCAUUGGAAACUCAGAGGGCAAUAUUCGAUCAUAAGCAGUUUGUUAAAUCUAGGGGAAAGUUUGGAAAAAAGUUACCGAUUAGUAUGAAUUUGAGCUCGAAGCUUGACCCCAUAAACAGAUACGUCUACGGAUUAGCCUUGGACGGAUUACUCAACUUGGGCUUAUUCAAAGAGUUUUAUCUAGGGGUUUGGUAUGGGCUCUCCAAAUGGGGUGGAUUAGAUAUUAAUGUAGAUAAUAUGGCCGCAGAGGCAUUAAAAACUUCAUCUUCUCAGGAUUUAGGACCAUAUAGAGGAGGUCUACUUCCAGAAGAUGAAUAUUGUCAGAUUAAAAAUGGUGCUGCAACUUCCUCCACUUCGGAGGUUUUCACACCUCUGCAGUACGUUGACAGAUUUUCAAAGGACAUCGAACAUAAGGAGUCUAUUAUUGAUGUGCUAAUGAUCGAAAACUUCAUGUACAAGAUGAAUGAAAGUUGUCCUGGAAGAAUAUCUCCAAGUAAAUUAGCUGUUGAGUUGAUAAAUGCAUUGAUUAAUCCGGAUGUCAAUAUUGCUUAUUCAUUGCUACCAAGGUACAAAACCAUAGAUUCAAUAUUUGCAAUUUUGACAAAAGAGCUUUACCACAUCAAAGAUUCCAAUUAUCAAUUCAAUAGGAGGAAGAAUGAAAUUGCUGGAGGCAUUAAAAAUACUGCCAGGAAAUCCUUGAAUAAGCAACAAUUGAAUGAUUUGAGCAACACCCUUAUUAAGUUAAUGGACAGUUUGGUGGUGAAAAUAGAUCAAGAGAAGAAGAAGAAUACAAAUUUGAAGCAUCCAGCUGACUUGGUGGUUCAGAAGCAAUUUGUUGAAUCUUACGUCAACUUUCUAAAAAGGAUCAAUGCCUAUGUUUGGCCACAAGAUGACGAAUCUUUUCUUGUACAAACACACAUUCGUAUCUUGAGGUCUGGUAUCGCAAUGUUUAUGCCGAAACCUUUAAUAGACACUCGUAAGGAGCUCAUUGCUCAUUCAAAUGAAGGAAUUCAACCUUCAAUGGAUUAUAUUAUCAAUGAGUGGAAUUCUCGAAAUGAUCUCAAUUCAGAACAGGCUCAUUUGUUAAAAUGGUUGAAGAUCGUAUCAAAAUUUGAGGGUACUUCGGAAGAUAAAAUCAAAGGGCUUUUGCAGAAAAUUAGAGAAAGCUGUGAUAAAAUCUUAAGUGGGAAGGCGCAUGAAACAAGUGUUAAAGGUGGGUUGGAUAGAGAGGCAUCUCAGGGCGUUGACGUCAAAGAGAGUACUCUGGAAGGUGAGACCGACACCGAGGAAGCGAAGUUAGCAAACUAG